CAAGCAAGGCAGAUCUUUCCUUCACCUGGCUAUCGAACGUGGGCAGCUGGAGGUCAUCGGCAUUCUCGCGCAAAAAGUGUUUCUAGGAUUUCGAGAUGAGAAAGGAGACACAGCUCUCGAUCUGUCACUUAGGUAUGGAAUGUUACAAGUAGAGGAGGUGCUACUGCAGAGGGUGAGGGCCAUACUGGAGUCAGAUGACAGGGUACAGCUGCAGGCUUUGUUGUGGGCUGGAUGGCAGACCUGGCCAGACCUGUCAUCACCUAGUUUAGCGAGGUGCCCAUUUCAGCAACAUAUUUCACGUGUUCAUAAUCAGAUCCAGUCAAUACACACAGCAGUCAGUGAAGGAGACCUUCCUGCCUUGAAAGAGUUGCUGACAGAAGAAUCACUAGUUCUUGCCUGUGAUCAGACAGGGUUACCACCCCUUCAAAAAGCGGUGCUUUUUGAAUGGUUUUCUUUGGCAGAGUAUAUCAGUCUGGGAUUUCCUCAAGCAGUCAACCACCCAGAUCAUAUGAACCGUACAGCGCUACACUAUGCAGCUGCCUACACUGAAAAUCAAAACAAUAUUCUGUACAAACUAUUACUGAAGGCUGGGGCAAAAGAGGACAUCAAGGAUUUGGCAGGCUACAUGCCAAAACACUUUAUGGAAAAUCCACAGCUCUUUCAUCUUUAUCAUCAAAGGGACCAAGUAAUUAAAUGCUUGCAGAGGAAACAAAAGCACAGCCCAUCUUUUCUCUUGUAUGAAUCUCACGAAAUGGCCCAACCAAUAUUUUUUUCUAGUCAUUCCAGUCACAGUCAGACACACUGCUGGCAAACAGCUGUAUCUGUCAUGUCUUUUGCCAGUAGUUUUAAGCGAAGGACAGCCAAGAAUCUGCUAUUUGAAGAGACAAGUCUGUAUGAAGCCAUUAUCACCAAUGACAUAGCUGCUGUGAGAAGGCUGCUUGAAGCUGGUGAAUGUGUGAGCUACAGAAGUCUAGAGGGAUGGAACUACAUUCACCUUGCAGUAGCACAUUAUGUUAGCCCUCAUAUAGUUGGCAUGCUGAUGGGCUACAUUAGUCCAGCAGAGAAGGAUGCCGAUGGGCUAACACCUUUUGAACUGGCACUAACUAAACACAAACGGCUGACCCAUGCCAACAUUUUCAUGAACCUGAUCCUCAUACUCUUCAUGAAAGAAGAUGUAAUAGCUCUUCAGAAACUGGCACAGGAUGGCUGGCAGUACUGGCCAAGCAUGGACUAUGCAGUACAAUUCUUGGUACCCUUGGCCUCUCCAAACACACUUCCUCUUCUCUGCCACAUCAGUGAAUUUACGGCAGAAAUUCUAAAGCUGCACAAAGCAGCUGCACUACAUCAAGCUACUGUAGGGGAUUUUGCUUAUUUGCUGGAGACUAAGAUUGGCGUUGCCUCUCUGGAUAUAGUUGGUCUGUCUCUUGUUCAUAUCUGUGUAAUAUUCUACGAUAUCAAACUCUUGUCUCACAUCAUACAGAAAUUCCCAGUCACUGUCAACAUAACUGAUUGUCUAGGGCGCACACCUUUACAUUAUGCAGCAGGUCAUGCUGACAACAAUUGUGCUUACAAUUUUUUACAAAGGGCUGGUGCCAAGGAUGAUGAAGAAGACUUGUGGGGUAUGCGACCUGUGGACUACCUGACACAGAAAAAGAUGAUCAUCUCUACUAACAUUCAAGAGACUAUCAGAAACAAACUAAAUACCCCCACAGCAUACGAUGUGCCAUGGCCUCAAUGUCUGCUUACUGCCAAAAUGGAAAGCAGCCAUCUGUUUGAAGCAGUAAGAAACAACGAUCUUGAUGCUGUGCAAAGCCUCGUUGCAGAUGAAAAUAAUCAAAUAGCCUUACGUGACUCUGAGGGGCGUACCUUUCUACAUCAUGCAGUCCUCAGUAGAGUGGACAUAAGCAUAUUCCAGGCUCUUCUGGCCUGUGUGGAUUUCACUGUGCGUGACAUAGAAGGCCAAAAUGUCCUUGACCUUCUCUGUUCCAGAGGCCAUUUGAACAGCGAGAUUGCUGCUGUUGAGAUCAGAGUGCAAAAACUGUUAUUUGGAGAGAAGGUAGAACAUAAGGCUAUCCAGCACCUUUUGCUGUCUGGCUGGAAUCAUUGGCCAAUAACCAUAGAGGAAGCAAAAGUAAAAUCAGAGGAAACAGCUGCAAUCCUGGAUAAACUGCUUGAGCACUGUGGCAAAAUGGAUAGGAUUAAUUCUGCUAUGCUGGAAGGAAAUGUCAGGGACAUAAAAAGUCUGAUGGUUCACAAACAUUUGGCCAUUGCUGCUGAUAGCACUGGCUUACCGGCACUACAGAAAGCAGUUCUUCUUGAGCAACAGGAGAUGGUUGAAUAUAUAUUGAGAGAAUUUAGUGACUCUCUUAAUAUUAAAGAUCAUAUGGGACGGACAGCAUUACAUUUUGCUGCAGCCAUUAAAGACAAAGGAAAUCUUUACAACUUCUUGAAAGAUGCUGGGGCAGAUGAAGCCAUAACUGAUUUGAUGGGAAAGACACCAAAAGAUUAUCUCCAGACACCUGAGACCAUGAAGAUAGAAGACAUUAAGAAAAAGGCACUGCACAUCCUGCAUGAUAGAGCAACCAGAGUGAAAUCAGAAGCAGAGUUAACGAAACUAGAAUCUGCGACUAAAGGGGGUCCCCUGUUUCAUGAAAGCAGAGCAGUCGAGACACAGCCAAGUCAACUAGAAGAAACCCCAAAGCCAGGACUUCUUGCAGAUCAAGCAAAGACUGCACAGAUGAAGCCAGAACAGAUGUACAUCCAUAGAACUCAGAAAGAAAAGGUGCCUCAACCAAGCACAGUAAAUGGCAAAUAUCUUUCUCAGCACCUAGGUACAGCCCUCACUCUGGCAUUAGCAGAAGUUGUAGAGAAGCAGCCGAGUGAUCCUAUAGAGUAUUUAGGCCAGUGGCUGUACAAGUACAGAAGAAGGCUAGAUGAGUAAAAUGCUAUGUUACUUUCAAUUAUACAGAAAUAAAUAGUAUUCCCAUAAACAGAGAUCUUUGACUUAUGCAAGGAUUACUUGGAAACUGAUGAACUAAAAACAAUGCUAUUUGGAGAAUAUGCACAAUUAUGGCUGCUUAUUAGCUGCAAACUCUCAAUUUGUUCUCUAGCCAACUAUCAGAGUUGUUAUUCAUUUACUACUGAUCCUAGUACUGAUGUUUACCCAGAAGAGGCUGCUCUGUGAAAAAGCUAAUAAGCACACUUCUUCAGAAGGAAGAUCAAGCAAAGACAGGUAAAAUCAGACAGGGGAAAUCUGGAUGGAAGACUACAAGGCAUUUAUAGAAGACACUUCUAGAGCAGCCAUGAAGUCUAUUAAAAGUAUUAGAGUGAUGCCUAACUGGCUGGAGGGGGCAGAGCUUUGUUGUAUUUUUGUCUUAUCUGAUGUCUUCUUCAUGUUGGACUUGUGAUUGUGUAUGAUUUUGAUGGGUCUGCCAUCAUGAGUAUGGAAUGUGGUGUCUCUUCGUUUUGGUGGCUACAAUUUCUUGUUGACUGGCAGACUUGACGAUUGGCGCAGUUCAGUGAGCUUCAUGUUCACUUGAUCAGUGAACUUUUGCAUGUGCUGGGGUCAUUCAUUGUUCCAGUGGGAUUAGUACCAUCUGUUGGAUGUGCUAUUGGGAACUUUAUUUGCUAUGAAGUGUAUUUUGGUCUGUAUGACAUGUUUGAUAUUUGGCCUGCAGAUUGUGUUCAUUUUGUGUGUUGAUGCUGUCACAUUAUUCUCAUGUCAUACCAUCUGUCAUCUGUGAAGCUUGUCCACAGGGGAAGAUAAGGCGCUAUACAAGCCAACUGUUACUUGUUUUUCAGGAGACAUUCAACAGUUACACUUGACAAAGAACCUGUAUGUCUGGGAUAGUUAUAUGGUACUUUUGAUAGAGUUGAAAUGGCCAAGAAACUUCAGCUGCCUAUAAUGACUUAGGAGGAUGCUGAAGAUAUCCAACACAAGGAACAGCAGGAAAAAGACCACACUGCACUGUAUAUGCUGAUCAGCAGAUGUAGCAUCACUUUUCUUAUUCAAAGCGAAGAGACAUGUAAAUAAUAUCUGAAAUAUUCUGGCAUGUAGCUAUAAUACUAUGAUAUUUCCCCAGUUGUAGUCAUAAAAUAGUGAGUUUUUACAGUACAUUUCCCCAUGUAACAAGCUAAAUGCAUCAUAAAGAACAAAAUAACCAAUAUGAGUGAAACUACUGUGGCUGAUGCGGCAGCCAAUGUAAACCAGGCUUGUAUGCAGAAAGCCCUGAUUGGACUAUCAUCAUGAUAGCUCAUGAAAAUUUGGAUGCAGGCCUAUCAGGCAAGCAUAUGCAGGAGCCCCCAAUAGCUGACUAUUGUAUAAUAUAGUGCUGCAACAGGAGCUACUGCAUCAUAGUUCAUUCAAGGCUUCUUGCAUAGGCUUGGCUGAUAGGGUUGCCAAUAACAAGACUUCAAGGAAUGUGGCAAAAAUAAAGAAGAUAAUGUGAUUGAGAACACUGAUGUCAUAUGUAAUCCAGAAGACAAAUACGGAAUGCACAUCUACAAAACAGAGAACAUAAGAAAGCUCAAAAACACAGACAUUAGGCCUUGUAUGCAGGAAGCCCCCAUUGUGUUGUCAAAAUGAGCUGGAACAAUAUGUUAUUAGGCAUACCUAUGGACAAGUAUGUCACAACUUUGACCUCUUUCUAUGCAUAGUGAUGUUUGUAGGCAUGUACCUCAAGACCUUAUUGGGGAGCGAUUCACCCAAGUUCAGACAAAUAGCAUUUUGUACUGAGCUUUACCCAGUCAUUAAAGAAAAAUUCACUAGACCUUUAGAAGCGCGAAAAAGAUCGUUAUCCCCAACACCCUGACUCUUGUCAACAACAAAAGAGGCACAGGUAUUAUUAUUUUGGACAUGGAUAUUUAACAGUAGAUCAUAAGCUUUUUUUUGUAAUCUUUCUUCCUGCAUGCAGAAAAUAUGUAUAUAAAAGAUACCUCAAUGUCUCCACAUAAAUAUGAAUGUAUGGGGUGUGUUCUCUGGAACUCUCAAAUUUUAUUUUAGAUCAAAGAGAAGAAAUCACACUGGACCAAAGGAAAAAAAACCCAAACCAUGGUACCAAACAUAUAUGAAUGAGGAUGAAUAAACCUGGUGUAAAUGGAGAGAAUUUCAAUAAAUACUGCAUUUCCAACACUUUCUAACAAAAGAAAAUAACUUGUUUGUAAUAUCUUGUGCAUUCUUAUACAGUGUACCUAUAAAAUGGUAUCAAGAAUAUGACAAGUAUUAAAUACAAGAAACACUAGCUCCAGGUCUGAUUAAAUGAUAAACAGAAAUGAAUACUAAGAAUUAAACAUAAAAGAUUAUCGCUGUUACAUUGCCACAUGUACCCAAAUAAAAACUGAUAGUGUUAAAUACAAUUCUAAAGUUUACAGAUCAAUAACACUUAUG